UGGAACAGUCCCUCUACCUCCCAUACAUUCAGAAAGACUGUCAGGCAAAGAAAAGACUAAGGGAAAGAUGAGAGCGGAAAGACCAGGCUAGCUGGCUAAAGCUACAUCAGCUUUGCUCUGCUGGUGACUGAAGUGCUCUAAACUGCCACCAUGAGCUCCCAUCUGGAACCAUCUGGUGUAAACAGCUCGCGCAGAACUGGAGGUUGUGGAAGUGAGGAUGCUGGGGAAGAAAACAGAAACAACAAGACUCAUACCCCGUUUUUUAAACCAGUGAGACCUGGGCUAACAAGUGCAGAUCCGGCUGGAGAGGGUAGGUCGAGCAGUGUGGAGGCACUGGUGAGACCUCCCCUGCCAGGGAGGAAAGCCAAUAGGAAGACCUGCAGCAAGGAAAGAGGAAGUUGGAGAGAAGGAAACCAAGACAGUGAUGAGGAGAUAUCAAAUGUUGAACAUGCGGGAGGCAGCCCAAGAGGAAACCAAAAGCCGAGAAAGACUAUCCUCAGCUCUCUCUCCUCAGAGACUUUCAUCCAGGACAGUGACAGGAGACCUCCACCACUACCCAUUAGAUUCAUCAAGAGAGCCAGAUCCGUUCUGGCUGGAGGUGAGGACAGCGGCAUCAUCUGGACGACCGUCACAAAUCCCCCAGACACACAUCACCAGUUCAGUGCUAGGGGCAGGUGAAGGAGAGGAGGAUGAAGAACAGGAGGGUUUGGAAGAUGGCGAGGAUGGAGGCAGUAGUUUGGUGGAGGUGACGGGUCAAACCAUGACCUCAGCAGUGAUACUGCCUUAUGUUCCUUUUGGGGAGAGGAGGAUGAGUAAAAGAGAGAAGAACAGGAUUAAGUGUCUGAGGAGGAGGCAGAGGAGAAGAGAGAGAUGGAGACAAAGUCAACUGCAGGAGAGCAGACAGAGUUCAACAGGGAACCCAUCCAGCAGCAGUAGUGAGGACGACGAGGACUUGAGCGCCGGUGACAGAGAAGGUUUCAUCUGCGCCGUUUGUUUGGACGUGUUCUUCAGUCCUUACAUGUGUCACCCCUGCAACCACGUCUUCUGUGAACCCUGUCUGAGGACGCUAGCGAAGAACAGCCCCACCAACACACCCUGCCCCCUCUGCAGAACAAUCAUCACACAUGUCUUCUUCCAGAAGGAGUUAAACCAAACAGCAAAAACAUUCUUCCCAAAGGAAUAUCUCUCCCGCAAACAGAACUUCCAGAAAGCAAAUUGUGCUAAGUGGCCUCUCCCAAGCUGCAGAAAACUGUUCCGUAUCUUUGGAGGCUUCCAGAGGCCGUCCAGUACCAUAGCUAGGCGCCAGUUCCCCCAUGGAGGAGGCUACCGCCUGGAUGCUCUGGACUUUGAGGAUGACUCUCGAGGCUGGCGCUUUGACAUGGACAUGGUCAUCAUUUAUAUAUACUCAGUCAACUGGGUUAUUGGCUUCUUCAUAUUCUGCUUUCUUUGCUACAUCUUCUUCCCUUCUUUUUGACAGUCCUGGCACAUUGACGGAGCAACAUAGAAAAAGGAAAGGUUGACAGCACUGAAUAAUUAUUAUAAAAUAAGGAAUUUAAGAUGAGGCAGAAGACAGGCAUGUACACUUAGGGAGAAAGGGUACAACUGAGGGAUAGGGUUUAAUGAGAAAACAAUGAGGGAAUGUCAAGCAAGUGGGAUGUCGUUGUGGAGGGAAAACAACAGUGUGCCAGCUUGUUGUGUAAAAUGAUUAAAAUAGGGAAAUGGUGCGGGGGGAUGUUUGGGAAUCCUAUGUUCUCUGUUAUCCAUCUUGUCCUGUUCCUGCAUGAAGGGGGGAUAAUACCGGUGUAACAUCACAUAAGUUGUAGUGUUUCCCUUCAACAUAAUUACAUACAUUUAGUUAAUGCUGACAUUUUGGAUAAGCAACACAGCAACACAACUGCAUAACUCCUGGCAUUAUACACAUUUUAUAGUAUAACUGUGGACAUUUCUAAUUAAUUUCCCUUCAAUGGCAUACUGACCUAACAGAUUUAAUUAUUUUAAGAUGUGCAGUUAUGACAAAACAUACUGCAAUGCUUUUAAGUAUAGCAAUCAUGUAUCAUAAAAUCACCUGAAAAUUCGAACAGUGUUUUACAAAUUGAAUUUAAAAAUGUCCCAUUCAAAGUCUAACUUAUUUGCAUUACAUAUUAGUAUUGGGAAACACAAGCAUAAUAUAUAAAGUAUUUUCGGGCAUUUUCAGGGUUUUAUUAUUUUUCUUAUUGCCCAAACCCCAGAACACAGCAUUUCCAUACAGGUAUUGGACAUCCUUGUAUAAAUUAAAUACUUUUAAACGGCUGAUUUUUUUUAGGUGGAUUUUCAUGUUUUAUCAAGAGAAAAAAUAAAUAAAUACAAGAGUUGCUCUUUCAUAUCUGUUGAGUAAUCAACAUUUGUGUUCCAAUUUAUCACAGUUGACCAUAUCCUUGCUACUAAAACAUUUCUUUUAGGCACUUGUCAUACAUUACAGUAUGUCUUUCUGUUUUUAAUUUCCUGCGAUUCAAUAAGAGGGACCUUUUAUUUGAUUUUCCUGCCAAUAACCACCCAUCUGGAGGGAAUAUUGUUGUCAAUUUGAAGUCAAUUUAUUUUUUAGCAGAUAGAAACUCAUACAAACAGGUAUUAACCUUUAAGUGAUUAUAAAUUGAAUGAUGAAAUCAUGUGUAAGAGCCAAAUAAAUUACUUUAUUCCUGA